GAAGUUAUUUUCUUCUGAUAAUUUGUAGUGGACUUGUUAAAGAGUAUUUGAGACUUGGAAUCUCCUAAAAAAGAUUUGUCUAUAAUUAGUUAUGAUUUUUCAAAGUUACAGGUCUGUUGCAGGAAUUUCUGAAAACAGUAUCACUGUCAUGUUCUUUCUGUUUCUUUUAGUAUCUUUUUAUGUACAAUCUUGCUUCGAGAAACCAGUACUUUAGAAGCAGGCAUUCCCACCUUUCAUAUGAAACCAGCCUGCCUCCAUUUGGAGUUCGUAUGAAAGAUUUAUAUCACGACAAAUUUGGCUUUGUGCAUGAGCAUUUCUGCUGCACAGUUUUACUUUACAAAUCAGAUCUCAAAUAACCAUUUCUAGAUGUUCAAUGUGUGCUAUAAUCCAGUAUUUCUAUUGUAUGAUAAAGCAAUUAGUUUGUUUUUAUUUGGGGGGCUACAAGGUGAUAUCAUUGUUGCAACCUUGGACCUUAAAAAUGAUGGGGUUCCUUGAAAUGGAAACUACUUGGGAAUUUUAAAAAUGUAUAUAGCUGCUUGUUCUAUCAUAUUUUGGAGUGCUUUUACAUUCUUCUUGUCUAAUAAUGUACAUAAAUAUGAUAUUUAUUGGUUCAGAUCCGCCUUUUUUUGGCUAUCAGUUAAGACAUAGGAGAGGAAAAUCAGAAACUACUCGUGCUCAGUACAUAAACAAAAAGGAUGUGAGGCUGACAAUAAGCACUUGGAAUGUUGCUGGAAGAGUUCCGGAUGAAAACCUAAUUGAUAUUGAUGAUUGGAUUUCUUCAGAAGAGCCAUCAGACAUCUACAUUUUCGGGUGAAAACAGAAGAACAAAUGGGAUAUAAGUAUGGCGAGGCUUGCUUUCGUUUAUGUUUCUAGUAUUAUGUACCAUUUAGACUUAAAUUUUUGUUUUAUUUCGACAUGUUAUGCAUAGAAAUACUUGGGAUGUUGUUAUGUACUUUGAGCAUCAAUAUUAAUCAAAAUUUAUUUACUUACGA